GACGAUCUAAGCCUUGACGACCAUCCGGGCAACGCUGCGCUCUUGUCCGCCGCGCCGGCCUCGUUGCCACGUGAACAGCGCGCCAUGCGCGAAACCACCGUCCAGCGGCUGAUGCAAUCGCUGUCCCAUCUCAUGCAACAGUUCCGCCGAGCCCGUCUCAACCCGGCACUCGCCUUCCAACUCUUCUCGCGUCUCUUCCACACCACCAGCGCUUGGAUCUUCAACGGUCUGACGAACAGGCCGGAGGCGAUCCAAGCGCCCAGGCUCGGGCAAUCGGGCAAUGAGGUCUUGUCGACCCGUUGGCCCGCCUCGCUCCGCUUGGAUCCCGACGUCUGGUUGACACGCAACGGCGGUCGAGUGCUUCUGCGUCGACUCGACCGGAUCCAACACUGGGCCAGUCGACAGGGUCUCGAGCUGGCCGCCGAAUGCCACAUGCAGAGAUGCGUCCAGGUACCGGCAUUUCUGAUCGGCUGUCGAUCAAUUUGGUACCUCAAAACACUCGCAAUUGUCGGGUUGUUCGGCCGCAUCAGAGACAACCUCUUGUCUCUUCUGCCCAGCCAGACAGCCUUACAACGACAAACAGCCAGACUGGCAGUCGCAUUUUUCCAUAAUCCCAUAAAGGCGUCUCACUAUACCAAGCUUCAAUCACCCAAACCAAAUCGCCAGCUUAGUUUAUGCGAUAAUUUCACUUUUUCUUAUUUUUUCCUCUUUUUCCCAUCUUCCCAUGGCCAACUCACUCUUCUCUCUCUCUCGUUCUGCCAGGCAUGCCAUCUUAUUAUGGCGGAUCGCUCCUCCCUCGACGACCUCUACCAGACUUGUCUAUCUCUUACGGCGCUGAACAGCGUCCAAUUGGAGUUCCUGCUCUCCAAUCUGGCCGAUUCGCCCAACGUUCCUGAUGAAUGGAUUGAUGUUAUCAUCGCGGGCGCCAAGGAGAUCGGCUGCAUAUGA